AUGGACGACGUCAACGGUGAAACCUAUUCUGACAGCAGCGCCAUCAGACGAUUAAACAGUAGGUACGACCCCGAGGCUGAAAGGGAGGUGAUUCAGUGGAUCAGUCAAAUUGUUGGGGAAAGUGUUCCGUCUGGCCAACAGAAUGUGCAAAAAUGUCUCAAGGACGGAAAGAUCCUUGUGAGACUAAUCAACGCCGUGUACGAACGCACGCCCCAACUUCCAGAGGCAGCACAGUAUGUCCGGCUUCCACUUAAACCGAACACGAUGUCUGCUCCGUUUAAGCAGAUGGAGAAUAUUCAAAUCUUCAUGGACGCUGCGGAAGCAUAUGGCGUGCCGAAAACUAGUCUAUUCCAGACUGUGGACCUUUAUGAGGGACGCAAUAUGUCUCAAGUCAUCAAUACAAUAAUGCAGCUGGGGACAGAGUGCCAAAGAAACGGUUUCCAGGGUCCGACGUGUGGACCCAAGCCGACCAAUAAGCAGUACCGCCAGUGGACCGAACAGCAAUUGCGCGCCAGCGAGGGAAUGGUCUGUCUGCAAUCCGGAACGAACAAGUUCGCAUCGCAGAAAGGCAUGUCAUUCGGCUCCGUGCGUCACGCAGCCGACAUCAAGGCGGACGAUGCGAGUCUUGAAAGCCAGGGAAUUUGCAGUCUCCAGAUGGGGACGAAUAAAUUCGCCUCGCAGAAGGGAAUGAGCUUCGGGUCGAUUCGUCAUGUUGCCGACAUUCGUUGUGACAACGCUGCUAAAGAUGGCCAAGGCAUCAUCAAUCUUCAAAUGGGCACCAAUCAAUGCGCAUCUCAGAAGGGCAUGUCCAUGGGUGGAGUUCGUCACGCCGCGGACAUCCGUUGUGACAACGUCUCCGAGGAGGGCAAGUCUACGAUCACCCUGCAAUACGGCACCAACAAGUUUGCCAGCCAGCGAGGCAUGACUUCGAUGGGCGCGGUUCGUGGCAUCGCGGAUAUCCGCGUUGACCCCAUGACGCCCGAGGGGGCGUCUUACCUCGGCCUGCAAAUGGGUCUUGGAGCCAAGCAGGUGGCUACGCAGUCCGGAAUGUCGUUUGGAGCCCAUCGUCAUAUCAACGACUCGUACUAG